AUGUCGACUACGCAUUCACCCUCCGUACACUCACUCCCCUCAUGCGCUUCUCCGGUCUCAAAGAAGUGUCUCACAUCGUUUUGUAUGUCAUGGAUUGACGAUGAUGCGCUUGGGUCCGUUGUCAAAUCCUGGUCACUCCUCCAGUGGCUUGAUCUUGGAACCGCAUAUUUCUGGCAGACACGACCCAGGAUCACUUUUCGGGGCCUUGUGACUUUACUAUCAUCUUACCCCAAUCUUACGACGCUUGGCUUGAUAUUUGACGCCACGAAUGUAGAUCCGCCUACGGCUGAGAAGCCGGGAGGUGGGGUUUACAACACACAUAUCACCAGCUUUUGUGUCGGAUGCUCUUCGAUCGAACUACCACCGCCGGUCGCGAUCGCACUUUCAGUGAUCUUACCGUGCUUGAGAAAGACCAGUGUCAAGUUCGAGACACCGGGGGGUCCUGACCGAGAUGCACGGGAGGCUAAGUGGAACGAGGUAUCGGAGUGCAUUAGAGUCUAUACCUUGAUCAGGAAACAGGAGGAUUUAACGUCAAGAGACUCAUGCCUCAUGUUGGGCCAUGCGAGUCAUUUGGGUCUUGAUAUGUUUCUCUCGCAUCGUGCAAGCAUGUCACUUGAUCGCUAUCGCUGGCAACCUCUCACCCACUCAGCUGUUCAGCAGGCGUUGUAUCAUCCCCACAAACUAAUUGUGCCGAUUCCCGAAGAAAGGCGCGUUAUUUCUGAAACUGCUCCUGCGCACACCCCCAUUUCAGGUUGCGGUCCGCAUGCCAUUUUUCUUCCAGUCGAUAAUCGGGUAAAUUACUGGUGGAUCCGUGCAUGUCGGCUUAACCUUUUGCUGUGGCGGAUCAAAGCCUCGCUCUAG